AUGACGGACCACCACCACAGCAGUAGCCACUUUGAAGAGGCAUCCGCAGUCAAUGCCGAAACGUUUUCUGAUACAUUUUCUAACACUCAUACAGAAGAUGACUUACCCGUGAUUGAGCUGUCCUCUGAGUACUCGGCCAAUGGAGAAGAUAUCCAGAAGGUUCAGGAAGGUGUCCAGGCUCAGCUAUGUCCAACGGCCAUUGCCGUGGCCGAGCUUGUGACCACAGCUAGAGACAUUGAAUCUGGAUGGCUGGCCAGAUCUGCCCGAGCCGAGUUUAUCAGUGCUACAUUUGUCAAGCCGGAUGCCUCUACUGGCUUGGGAUUCAAUCUCUGCAAGAAAAAGCCACGCAUUGCUUCGAUUCGGGAUGGUGGCCAGGCUUCCUCAUCGCCAUUGAGAGUGGGUGAUCGACUCAUUUCAAUCAACAAGAAACUGUGUAGUUCCAUGGGCAGUGCUUCCAUCAGAAAGCUAGUGCAGUCUUUGACGGGACCCAUAGAAAUCGUCGUCCAUAACAAGGGUGGUUCCCCAGUCUUUGUCGAAAGCAUGGUCACUAAAUCGCACAAGCAAGAGCGCUGUGGACUGGUACUCACACGAUCUGGACACGAUGGCAAAUUGCUUGUCUCCAGUAUAUGCGAGGGACAUGUCUUUGUGAAUUCCCUUAUCAACCAGGGUGACGAGAUUGUUUCCAUCAACCGAAUCACGUGCCACCACUUAUCAGCAGUGGAAGCUGCCAAUAUCAUCAAGGAAACACCAACGCAUGUCACUGUCAUUGCCCGAACUUUGAGGGAGACUGGCGUGGUGGUGGCAGAGUUACCCUCGACAGGGAGAGAGUCCAGAUCGGCUGCCAAUCACAGGUCGAGAUCGGCUGCCAAUCACAGCAGUAAUAGGGCGGCUGCCCUGCGACAGGCACGCUGUAGAGCCUUCCGACACAAUGUGUAUAUACUACUGGUUGUGGGUCUGUUUGCGAUUAUACUCUUUUAUACUUUUCUCUGUGUAUAG